AUGCCCAGGUAUGGCCCAGACGACGAGGACGACGGCGCCAUUCGUUGGGGCGUCCACGAGCUCCCGUGCCGCUGGUCAAGCUCAUCCAUUUGCAUAGGAUAUUUGCCACGUAAACUCGAACUGAUCAGCCCGUUUGAAUCAAUGCCGCCUUCUCGUCCUCCUCCAACCCCGAACGCGCUCGGCCUCCUGUACCACUUCCUAGCCUCGCCCUCCGCGGCGGCUCCGCCGCCGCUCCCGGCGCUCCUCCGCCUCCACGCCGCAGCGGUCACCUCGGGCCUCUCCUCCCGCCCCGACUUCGCCGCCAAGCUCGUCUCCGCCUAUUCCUCCUCCGGCCGCCCCGGCCUCGCCGCCCUCGCCUUCUCCGCCUCCCCCUGCCCCGACACCUUCCUCUGGAACUCCCUCCUCCGCUCCCACCACUGCGCCUCCGACUUCGCCGCCGCGCUCUCCGCCCACCGCCGCAUGCGUGCCUCUGGCGCGCGGCCCUCCCGGUUCACCGCGCCCCUCGCCGCCUCCGCGGCCGCCGAGCUCGCCGCCCUCCCCGUCGGAUCCUCCGUGCACGCCUACUCCGUCAAGUUCGGCCUCCUCUAUGGCGAUGGCUCCGUCGCGGUCUCGUCGUCGCUGGUGUACAUGUACGCGAGGUGCGGCAGCGUUGGUGACGCUGUGAAGCUGUUUGACGAAAUGGCCGAGAGGGACGUGGUCGCGUGGACCGCGGUGGUCUCUGGGUGCGUGCGGAAUGGGGAGUGUGGGAAGGGAAUGGGAUACUUGGUGCAGAUGGUUAGGCUCGCCGGUGAUGGCGGGGCGAGGCCAAAUGCGCGGACGAUGGAGAGUGGGUUGGAGGCUUGUGGAGUUCUAGGGGAGCUGUCUGCCGGGAGAUGUUUGCACGGAUAUGCGGUGAAGGAAGGGAUUGGAGAUUCCGUGUUGGUGAUUUCCGCGCUUUUCUCAAUGUACGCAAAGUGCGACAUGACUGAGGAUGCGUCCAUUUUAUUUCCGGAGUUGCCAGAGAAAGACGUGGUUACCUGGACUAGCUUGAUUGGAGCCUAUUGUAGGAGAGGGCUUGCUGGUGAGGCCAUGGAGUUGUUCCAGGAGAUGGGGGAGUCUGGUCUGCAGCCAGAUGAGGUUCUUGUCAGUUGUGUACUCUCAGGGUUAGGAAACAGUGGUAAUGUGCGUAGAGGGAAGGCUUUUCAUGCAGUUAUAAUGAGGAGAAACUUUGGAGAUAGUGUGUUGGUUGCCAAUGCUUUGAUCUCAAUGUAUGUUAAAUUUGAAUUGAUGGAUAUGGCAGGUACAGUUUUUGGAAUGUCGCAUCAACGGGAUGAGGAAUCAUGGAGUUUGAUGGUUGUAGGGUACUGCAAAGCUGGACUUGAUGUCAAAUGCUUGGACCUGUGCCGAGAAAUGCAAUGCACAUAUCGCGAUGAAUUUGUGUGUGACAUCAACAGCCUGGUUUCCACGAUCUCUUCUUGUUCUCGGCUAGGCAAACUACGAUUAGGUCAAUCAGCUCACUGUUAUUCAAUCAAACGCUUGCUUGACGAAAGUUCAGUCGAUAAUGCAUUAAUUGGCAUGUACGGAAGAUGUGGGAAAUUUGACAUUGCUUGCAAAAUAUUUGGUGUUGCCAAAUUGAGGAGGGAUGUUGUCACCUGGAAUGCACUAAUAUCCAGCUAUUCUCAUCUGGGACAUUCAAAUGAUGCCCUGUUGCUAUAUGAUCAGAUGCUCAGAGAAGAUGUCAAACCCAACUCAGCUACCCUGAUUACUGUCAUUUCAGCUUGUGCAAAUGUGUCUGCAUUGGAACGUGGAGAACAGAUACAUUCGUAUGUGCAAAACAUGGGAUUGGGGUCUGAUGUAUCUAUUAGUACAUCGCUUGUUGAUAUGUAUACUAAAUGUGGGCAACUUAGUACUGCAAGAGGAAUUUUUGAUUCUAUGCUCCAACGGGAUGCUGUUACAUGGAAUGUGAUGAUAUCAGGAUAUGGGAUGCAUGGCGAAGCUAAACAAGCACUGGAAUUAUUUAAUGAGAUGGAGGGAGGAAGGAUUAAGCCUAACAGUGUCACUUUUCUUGCCAUUCUAUCUGCUUGUUGCCAUGCAGGGCUUGUUGACGAGGGGAGGAAGCUGUUCACUAGAAUGGGCGGAUACCGCCUUGAGCCUAACCUGAAGCAUUACGCAUGUAUGGUGGAUCUCCUGGGGAAAUCUGGGCAUCUCCAAGAAGCAGAAGAUAUGAUUUUGGCUAUGCCAAUAGAACCUGACGGUGGGGUAUGGGGAACUUUGCUUAGUGCCUGCAAAAUGCAUGACAACUUCGAGAUGGGGUUAAGAGUUGCAAAGAAGGCUUUUGCUUCUGACCCGGGAAAUGAUGGGUACUAUAUUUUAAUGUCGAAUACAUAUGGGAGUGCUGAAAAAUGGGGUGAGAUAGAGAAACUAAGAGAUAAGAUGAAGAAUCAUGGAGUGGAAAAAGGUGUAGGCUGGAGUACGGUUGAUGUUUGGGGAAGAGUUAACAAUUAUGCCUAA